AUGUCAGCUCAAGCAAAACCACCCCUAACAGACGAUGCCGAUUCGUCGGAUGACGAUGACGAGGAUUUCAACAUUGAAGAUGCACGCGAAGAACUCGACCUAUCCGAAGAAGACGACGAAGAAGGAGACCAUAUCGACAAGGUCGCAGACAGAGAAGACGCGUCUACACUAUCAUCUACCAGUGCAAAGAGAAAGAGGACAAAGAAGGGUAGUGGUAGCAGCAAAAAGACAUCAAAACGACCACGCAAGACAAAGGGGGGUGACAAGGUUAAAAAUUUGAGACAAACAGUGCUGCGAGUCGAAGGUGAAGCAGAUCCAGCACCAAAACCAACUCGGCAGAUACAAGAUGAAGAGGACGAGAAUGAGCAGCGGCAUGAAUCUCAUUCGAUACUGCAACAGGAAGAGGAUGCUAGACGGAAGCAGUUGGUGGAUUCGUUAUGGAUGGAAAUGAAUCAGCCUGUUAAUAGGGAUGGCAAGACACGAACAGUUGAGUGUCUAUUGAUAUCGAUUAAAGCAACAAAUCCAACCAAACCAAUCGUCGAAGCAACCAAAGUGUAUCAAUAUGCUGGCAAGCAAUUCGCCGUCUCGGCAUCAGGAACAGUAAUCCAACCCACCCAACCAACUGCUCCAACAACCACAACCCCAUCCAUCCCUGCAGACCCAAACGCCAAACCACCCCUCCCCCGCCGCCAACGCAUAGACCUCGACGCCAUAGCAGCCAAAUAUGGCGUCGCUGCCGAAGUCCAAAAGCUGACAUCCCUCGAGAAAUCAAAAUUGGACUGGCAGCAGUUUGUGUCCAAGGAAGGGAUUGCGGAUGAAUUGAAACUGCAUAAUAAGGACGGGUAUCUGGAGAAAAAGGCGUUUCUGGACAGGGCUGAUGAGCGGGUGGCUGAGAAUGUGGGGAACAUGAGGAGGGCUGGGAAUGAGGCGAGGAGAUGA